AAAGACAAAGACAAAGACAAAGACAAAGACAAAGACAAAGACAAAGACAAAGACAAAGACAAAGACAAAGACAAAGACAAAGACAAAGACAAAGACAAAGACAAAGACAAAGACAAAGACAAAGACAAAGACAAAGACAAAGACAAAGACAAAGACAAAGACAAAGACAAAGACAAAGACAAAGACAAAGACAAAGACAAAGACAAAGACAAAGACAAAGACAAAGACAAAGACAAAGACAAAGACAAAGACAAAGACAAAGACAAAGACAAAGACAAAGACAAAGACAAAGACAAAGACAAAGACAAAGACAAAGACAAAGACAAAGACAAAGACAAAGACAAAGACAAAGACAAAGACAAAGACAAAGACAAAGACAAAGACAAAGACAAAGACAAAGACAAAGACAAAGACAAAGACAAAGACAAAGACAAAGACAAAGACAAAGACAAAGACAAAGACAAAGACAAAGACAAAGACAAAGACAAAGACAAAGACAAAGACAAAGACAAAGACAAAGACAAAGACAAAGACAAAGACAAAGACAAAGACAAAGACAAAGACAAAGACAAAGACAAAGACAAAGACAAAGACAAAGACAAAGACAAAGACAAAGACAAAGACAAAGACAAAGACAAAGACAAAGACAAAGACAAAGACAAAGACAAAGACAAAGACAAAGACAAAGACAAAGACAAAGACAAAGACAAAGACAAAGACAAAGACAAAGACAAAGACAAAGACAAAGACAAAGACAAAGACAAAGAC